UGAUGAAAUAGUCAUGAGGAGAGGCAGAGUCUAGCUUGAGUUACACCCCGCCGGUCGUAAAGUAAUGAACGAGAGAUCUAGAGGGGGGAUGGCACAGAGAUGGGCAGAGGAAGGCGAGACACAAGACGCUGGAGUUCCAAGUCUGUACCUUCACCUCAGGGGUGUAAAUAAUUGAAGGCCGCUUGGAUUCAGUCACAUUCUGCCAAUCAGGGAAAUGAAGGUGAUGUGUCCUGAACAAGCAGUCAUUGUGAUGUCAGAUUGUUCCUAAUUGCAUCGUCCCUCAACACGGUCGUGAAGUAAACGACGUGGUCCGGAUCAAAUCUGAAGAAUGACUCGACUUGAUUCAGCUCUCCAGCGGUCAGAAAGCCGCUCUGUGAUAGAAAUACAGAGCAGAAGAGGAAGUGUCAGCCAACACACAGAAACUAAAAGAGAAGUGGAACAAAAUGGCGGUCGUGCCAUUUUUAAGAGAGCCAGUCGCUUCCUCUCAAGAGACAGGGAAGAGGAAGGCGGCGGUCCAGCCUCUCCCAUACGGCACUACGAAAGAGGCCACCCCCUUCCAGCCAACCACAGUCCAGAACGCAAAGCCACCAUCCCCUUCCGAAACCGUGACCUGGGCCUAGCGUCCAUCAGGAGGCGCUCUGACAAUCUUAGCGAUGAGGCGAUAAGCGGUCUCUCUCCCCAACGACACAUGCCCUAUUCAAACUUCAGACGUGGCGACAGCCAAUCUCGUGCAAGCCCUCGCUCUGGGAGUCCAAGAUCUAUGAACGUCUCCCCUCAUAGGCGAGCAGUAUCUCAAAGUUCAUCCCAUCACCGAGGUUCCACCACACGUGGUCACCGAACAUCUCACACUUCCUCCAAACACGCCUCUGGGAAAUGCACACCUUCGCGAAGACGAGAUUCUGUCGUCUCGCGCACCGCCUCUCCCCUGAGAAGCUCUGGGACGAACAAAUAUGCUGAUUUGUUUAGCCCCUCUCACAAAAGAAGCCCCUCCCAGAGUUCAUACGGGCAUAGUUUAGAUUCCGAAAAGCUGUAUAGGAAUCUGAAAUCGAUUGCCAGUUCGGCCGAGUCGGAUGCUUCAGACGAUAGGCACUGCUGGUCGAAACAGUUGAAUACUGACAUGGAAGUAAAUGGCAAUCAUAGCAGUCGCAACAGUGGUCGCAACAGUCGAAAAAGUGGUGGAAACAGUCGCAACAGUAGAAACGCUGGUUGUAGCACUGGCUAUAACAGCACUGGUGUCUCGACCCCUUAUCGAGAUUAUAAUAACCACGGUCAUAGCACUCCUAAAAUACGCUCGAAUCAUAAAUCUGACAGAGAUGGUGCAUCACCAGACGCCUCAGACAAACCGUCCAGAUCUGAUUCCCGUCAAUCUCAAAGCUCCACCCACUACCCUUUAAGCCCCACCUCUCAAAAACAAUUACAUCCCAGCGCUUUUGCCAAAUCCCAAGCUUUAGUUGCUGAGACGAACAAGCCAGUCACUGACAGGAGCGGAAGCAGCAUCAGGCGGGGCUUGGAGGCAAUAAUCCUGUCAGAGAACCCCACGUCCGAGAGCCAACCAGCAGUGCCAGAGAUGACCAUAGAGGACUACGUGAUACUAGCGGAUAUUCCCCGCUCUAAACUGUAUCCUGAGGAAGAAGAAACAAUCGUAGUGAGAAGGAGACCGCAGAGCCAAAGCCCACGCCGAGACAAUCAGCACAGGGAUGUGCAAUAUGUUGAUGAGCGUGAGGUUUCAGAGGAGCGAGGCAGAGGAAGAGAAAGAGAGCGAGGAAGAGACCGCAGAGAGAAAGAACGCAGACGUCUAGAAAAAGAGAUGGGAGGACAAUCAAAAACCAACAGCACUGCAUCGGGACACUCACAGCUUGACUCUCUGAACUAUAAUAAGGGAUUGAUGGAUAUGCUGGAUGAAGAUGAAGAGUGGAGGCAGUAUUGGUUUGUGAUGGCUGACUCUGGACUGAGAUACUAUAGAGACUCAGAGGCUGAAGAGAGGGAUGAGGCAGAUGGGGAGAUUUAUUUACAUCACUGUCUGAGAGUGGAGGAAUUUGAUGCCGACAAGAAUUAUGGACUUCAGUUGCAUAUGCGUGACGGUCUGGUCAAUCUGUCCACGAAGACCUCCAGGAUCAGGAGGAACUGGAUCAACAUCCUGAGGAGAAGAAUUUCCUUCAGGGAUUCAACUGAAAGCGUCCGGUCUGAUAGACACCCAGACAACAGUGACAUCAGUGAUAGAGAGAGCUUGAUUGCACCAUCUCGAACCUCUCCAUCGCCCCCACAUCAGCGUAACCUGGGGUCAGAUGUCACCGGGCCGUAUCACGACGAGCCAGACAUGACGUCCUCACCAUUCACCAUCCGAAGGGAGGCGGGCGAGGGCCGUGACAAGGACCACGAGAGACGUCUGGAGGACCGGACUAAGUGGUUCCAGGACGGAGCUUCAGACAGGGAGGGUGAUGACCCCUGGGAUAAGGUGGAUUUAAAGAAAGGUGCCGUGACUUCUAUCGUUCUGUCCCGGCUGGAGGUUCCUGAUGCACCAACAGGGCCGGACAUCGAAAGGAAGUGGGAGGAUUUUGAGCAAACAUCAUUUGGAGAGCUGAGGUCGCUGUCACUGCUUGGGUCCCAGACUCCACGAGCGACCAAUGAGCCGCUUCAGCGAGAGGUGGUGUUUUUGAGGCAGCAGAUGGAGGCUCUUCGUCAGGGUCGUGUAGCGGCCGGCGUCGCGGGUCUCUGUGGUCCUGACGCGUCCUGCGCUCUCAGACUGGAGCAGAUGGAGCGAGAGCACAGAGAGAGACUGCGGGAGAUCCACAAUGAGCACGAGAGAGCAGGCAGAGAGAUGGAGAGGGACAAACGGGGACUGCUGCAGGAGGACGCACAGAAUACUGCUCAAGUCAUGGAUGCUCUGAGGAAAGCUCAUCAGGAGGAGAUGGAGAGACUGAAGGGACCAUCAGACCCCUCCAUCAGACAACAACUGCGCGAGUGCGAGUUAGACGGUCUGUCUGAGCAUUACUCACAACAGCGUGAGGAGCUCAACUGCAUCCAGAACAGCACUGAAGAGAGACACGGAGCGACCCAACAGAAGGAGAGAGAGAUGGAGCGACCCUUCAUCACAGGUCAAAGGUCAGGAAUUGUGCCCCUUGGCAGCAAUGAAAGGAGCACUUCAGAAUUACAGAUGUUAUUGCGAGGAAAGGAGAGCGAGGUGGAAUAUCUACACAAGGAAAUCGUCUGUCUCCGGAAAGCUGUUCGAACUCUUACUAAGGAGAAUGAGGCGUUGAGCGAGCGCUAUAAGGAGGUGUACAUGGAGCUGAGUCACUUAAAGGGCCGCAGUGAGAGAGAAAUGAAUUCUCUGAAACGACAUCUCAAACUCCGUAAUCCUGGCCUGGACGAGGAGUGUCAAAGCAACUGCACGGAUCGAUGAGAACACAAUAAUGAACUUGUCUACCACGAAUAUGCCUUUUGUUAUAAACCAGUUUAACUGGAAUAUUUAAGUUAAUAGAACAAAAACACUCUCCUGUGUUUGUAAAU